AUGUCAAAUCAUUCUGAUGAAUUCUUCUUGCCUCCUUCUAUUAGACAAAUAGUUAAAGAACACUUAUCAAAGAUUAGAAAUCCAGGUCAUCCCUCUAAUAAUAAAAGAAAACCACAAUUUAGGCUCAGAUUUGAUUCAAAUAUACUUAGAGUUAUUUAUCAAAGAGCUGCAAAAGAAGCAGCACGACGUGCUCGAGAAAUGUUUAAUAUUACAGUUACAGAGGUACAAAGUUCUCAAGUGAGAAAUAAAUGCACAUAUACCGAAUCAUAUGUGGAUAGCGAUGAAGAGGACGAGAGAAUUGACCAGCUCUUGAGAAAGAUUAAGAAAAAAUAUAAGAAUGUCAAAAGCAAUGCCUCGCCAAAGGAACAACUUAUCGCUUCGACUGGUGAUGACGUAGAUAUCGAAAUUACUGCGCCAAUAAUAGAUCUUACUGUCGAUCACCCAGAAAUCCGACCAGCCAAAAGAGGUAGCAACUCUUCGAAGGCUCCUUCUGGUAGUAAAGCGAUGCAUUUUGAAUCAAAUAAAACGCGGGAAGGAAAUGUAGAAAAAUUAAAGAAAGGAGAGAAACGAAAGCUUAAUGUCAUUUUAGAAGAAAAUAAAGAGAGGUCUACUGAACUAGCUCCUUCUUUAGGGACGAUUACUGGGAUUUCAUUGGCACCCAAGGAAAUUUUAUUUAAUUCGUAUGGAAGGACAGCUGAUAAAUCUAAUAAUCACAGAAUCAUUGUUGGAGAAGAUGAUGCUAUUUCGUUCGAGUCAAACGUUCAACCACAAGAGCAUCUUAAAACAGGCGAAUAUGUCAUUGCUAUUUAUAAUAAAUAUUCGAACACGGUGACUUUCCAGGGGGUAAACGAAGCAGAUAUAGUUCCUGUUCCGAAACGUUUGAAAUCUGAACAGCGAGAAGAACCAAAACCGAUUCAAGACUACGUUACAGCAAAGACGGCUCUUGAUAAAGAGUUCGGUUCAAAGAAAGUUCGAUCAAAAAUUUCCGCGCGAGAAAGAGGACAGAUCGAUAUAUCGCAAGUUCGUGAUCUUGAUAAAAUUGCGGCAGGAGUUGAAGAAAAGGCCAAGAGCAAGCCUGCCAAUGAGGAACAUAAGAAGGAAGAUAGUAUUAUUCCUCCAUUUGACGAAACCACGACAGACCCGUCAAAGAUCUAUAAUUGGGAGGACAUCAUUACUCCAGCGGAACUAGCCGCAAUUGACAUUCAUGCCUUGCUUUUAGCGAAGACCGAAACAGAUAGAAUAGCACUUUUACCAUAUCCAGAAUCAAAUUACGUCAAAUCGCGUCUCUUACCUUCAUUGACGGCCAAAAAAGUAAAUCAUAAGCGUAUUAGGAUACUCAUGUACAUCAACUAUCUGAUGGCGUUCAGGUCACACGCUUUCGACAAUGUACAAAACCGUCAACGGAUGGCAGAAAAGCUGAGAAGUCCUCCAAAUAUCAUUUUGGAUAAACUAUAUGAACGUUUCGUCUAUCGUGCUUUUAAGAAGAUCGGAGGAAAUCAAAGUUUAAAAUUCACCGAGAGAAAUGAACAGAAAUUGAUCUGUUAUAUGUUGGUUCUGUGUUUGAUACUCGACAAGUAUCAUGUGGAUCCUGUUCCGAUAAGCGAAGAUUUGCGUACUACAACAAUUAAACUUAACAAUUUGUUCAAGUGUAUUGGUUGUACGAUCCAGAACUUGAGUAAGAAAGAAAUAAAUGAACUCGGAAAAAAUGUUCAACCUAAACGUGCUGUAUUGAACGCGCCUCUCAAGUUUCCUCAACCCAAAAAAAGAUCGGGUAAAACUCGCUGA